UUUACAGCCGUUUGCAAUGCCAAGUGGGAAACGAGUCACGAGGAAACAAUAUGCUGCAAGGACCGUUGACCCUCCCCCUAACUACCUCAAAAAUGUACACCACUUUGUCAAUGGGUCAUGGCAACAUGGGUAUGCGCAAGCAUGGACGAAAGUGCGCAAGGUCUAUCUCCCGUAUAAUGUUCGACAGUCCCAUUGGGUGGCAGUAGAAGUCGACUUUGUGCGACAUACUGUCACUGUCUAUGACUCGUAUUCUGAUUUUACCUCCAACAGUAUGCUUGUCCGAUUCAUGGAGCCUAUUACCCAUACGCUUGCAAAGGUGCUGCAUGAAAUGAGGUUUUAUGAGAAAUCGGAGGUUGAAGCGGUGAAGAGAAAGGGGACUGACAUGUCAAACUUUAACCCAUUCACAAUUUGCAGAAUUUCCGAUGUUCCUCAACAAAGUGAUGGUACUUCAUGUGGCAUUAUGACAGUCAAAUAUAUCGAGUACCUUAGUGCCGGCAUUCCUUUACAUACCAUUGACCCAUCCAAGUUUGGCUACUACCGAUUGAAGCUUGCAAUCGAGGCUUUCAGGGGGGAGGCCUAUGUAUGAGUUUAGGGUAUUGGGGAUUUGAACACUAUAGAUGGUAAUGUCAAUGUUUCGCAACUGGC